UUCCUCUUUUUUUUUUUCCCUUUUUUUUUUUUUUUUUUGGCUGGCCUGAUACCCUCAAAGCUGGCUGAGGAGGAGGAGGGAGGAGGCGGUAACAGCCACAACUCGGAAUUUGCAAGCGAGUGUCGGGAUGGGGUCUGUUUCCAACCAGCAGUUUGCAGGUGCGAAGCCGGGCGAGGAGCCGGCCGGAGACUCGCCCAAGGCCGAGAACGAGUCCCAGCCCCUGCACGGCUCCGGCAUCUGCAAAUGGUUCAACGUCCGCAUGGGCUUCGGCUUCCUCUCCAUGACCGCCAAGGGCGGCGCGACCCUGGACUCCCCCGUCGAUGUCUUCGUGCACCAGAGCAAGCUCCACAUGGAGGGGUUCCGCAGCCUGAAGGAGGGUGAAGCUGUCGAGUUCACCUUCAAGAAAUCAUCCAAAGGUUUGGAGUCCAUCCGGGUGACCGGCCCCGGGGGCGUCUUCUGCAUCGGCAGCGAGAGGAGGCCCAAAGGGAAGAGCCUCCAGAAACGCAGAUCCAAAGGAGACAGAUGCUACAACUGUGGCGGGCUGGACCACCACGCCAAGGAGUGCAAGCUCCCUCCGCAGCCCAAGAAGUGCCACUUCUGUCAGAGCAUCAGCCACAUGGUCGCCAACUGCCCCGUGAAAGCACAGCAGUCGCCCAGCUCGCAGGGAAAGCCCGCCUACUUCCGAGAGGAGGAGGACAUGCACAGCUCGGCCCUCCUCCCCGAAAGCCGGGAAUGA